AUGGCCCUGACGUCAUGGCUUCUGGCACAUGUACUUGUGAUGGUGGCGUCACCAAUCGUCACUCUGUCAUCAGGUGAUAUUUCUCCCCUCAAAAAGGGAAAUACGUUGUUUUCACUGAUGUUUCACCUGGUACACUUCUUUUUGUUCUGGCAAAGACAAUUCAAGAAGGUGUCAAUUCCAGGUGCAGGCAGGUGGACAGGACACGUGUACCGACUGAGGGAAAUAACCUACUUCAAACCCCCGACACAGGACAGGUCUUUCGCCGUUAAAACAGACAUUACAGAGAACAAGACGGCUUUUCUGUUAUGUUCUCGUGGCUACUUUAUUUCCAACCUGUCUGUCCGGUUUGGCAGUAGAGUACACCUUCAGUCUGACAGCACAGCGGUCCGUUUGUAUGGCCUGAGAGACCUUCCUAUAUACAUCACCGGGGACUCCACGGGAAUCCUGCGGGACAAGGACGGUAUGUACCGCACCCAAGACUUCCCCAGCCCCCAAGACAAGAACGGCAUGUACCACACUCAGAACUCCUCCAGUCCCCGGUACUACCCCGUCGGGACGGGCUGCGACCCGGUUCUCCGUUGUCUGGGACACCAAGCCUGUAUAUUCAAACCCUCCCUGAAACUGUGUGGGUUAGAUCCACAACCGGACUUAAGAAAACAACUGGAAGUUAGAUACGUCUGCACGGCAGAUGCAACCACAGACACUCUGACAUAUGAGAGACAUCAGAGGGAACGCACCAGAGAGGUUUUACACAUUUCUGUAACUGAGAUGGACCAUGGGUUAGAUAUCAUCCAAUGGAACACUCCGGCUGAAAAUGACAUAUUUUCAGUUAUGUGUCCUGGACCAAAACAAAGCGGUUUUGAAAGGUAUUAUGGAGUGUGCGAUGACGAGCCUCCACCCCCAGAGAAGGUCGUCAGCGACUUGUGGAAAGUUCUCGGCAGGGUGCCGAGUGAAGCAUGCCGGGAUGAGUUGCUGCAGGUGUACUGUGCCUACCACUACAACAUACAUGGCGGCUGUGUACCGGCCCUGGUCACGUCACAGGUGGAUAAGGACGGAGUGAUGUUUUACAAUGACGUUGUUUUACCAAGGAAAGGACGACGUCCUGAUGAAAGGAAACAUCGAGAAGUGCUGGCCCAUCCGCACGUGAGUUUGAUCCCUGCCCGCAUGGCGUUCGCGUUGCUGGUGCACAACAACCCAGAGGCAGUCGUGAGUAAUUCCACUACACUGGUAUAUCAACUAUAG